AUGAAUGUCAAUCUCGAGUCCAAGGUGGAUACCUCCGAAACUAGUACUUCUCCCUCUGUAGAGGAAAGAAAAUCUCCCGUUGUGUUUUCGUGCAAGACCUCAGCGGAGCGCAACACUGUUUUACUAGCGACUGUGACAGCCCAGAUCCAAGACUGUAAUGGAGAUUAUCACAAGAUAAGAGCUGUGGUUGAUCCCGGCUCUCAAGUAUCAGUGACGGCGCAACAUUUGGGAUUAAAAAGAAGCAGAUCUCCCAUUGAAGUUACUGGCAUCGCCAGUUUUCCUGUCCGAACUCAAGGUCUCAUUCGUACCACUCUACGCUCUAGAACUCGUGCUGAUGUCGUAAACGUUCACGCUGUUGUACUUUCGGAUAUUCCUAAUAAAUUUCCUAGUCAGACGUUACCUUCUCACAUUAAGGAUCAGUUCAGUCAUCUAACGUUAGCUGAUGAAAACUUCCAUCAAGCUGCUCGAGUUGAAUUCUUAAUUGGAGCAGAUCUAUAUCCUCACAUUUUAUGUAAUACGCAGCCUAAUGUUAUUCAAGGACAACCCUCUGCCAUUGACACAAUCUUUGGAUGGAUAAUUAUAGGCUCGAUUUCAUCUUCAACAAAUUCCCCCUUGUGUUCUCUUCUCACAUGCACCGAUUCUCUUGAUGAUACCGUUCGUAAGUUUUGGGAAACUGAGACUCUCGCUGAUAACCUUUCAGUCUCCAAUCCUGAAGAUGACUUUUGUCAAGCUCAUUUCAAGGACACGCACUAUCGCGAUCGUUCAGGCAGAUAUGUGGUAUCAAUGCCAGUCCGUGAGCAGCGCUCGCCGCUUCUCAGCAACCGAGAGACAACUCUGAACACUUAUCUCAAAAUGGAAGCUCGAAUGUCUCGGCGUCCCCAACUCAACGCUGCUUAUAUUACUUUUCUCCAAGAAUACCGCGAUCUCGGACAUAUGCAACUAGCCGCACAACCUUCCAUGUACGUAAUGCCUCAUCAUUGUGUUCAAAAGGAAACUAGUUCAACUACCAAAGUGCGAGUUGUGUUUAACGGAUCCUCCCCUGACUUAAACGGGACAACGCUUAAUCAGCAACUUCUGCCCGGUCCUAAGCUACAAAUGGAUUUGAGCCACAUUCUCAUGAAUUUUCGCCUUCAUGCUAUAGCAGUCACAGCGGAUAUUCAACAGAUGUAUAGACAGAUUUGGUUGAAUCCAAAGCAACGUUAUCUCCAGUACAUAUUCUGGAGGCCAGAUCCCGCUUCUAAUGUGCAGGAGUAUGAGUUAAAAACAGUGACAUAUGGUUUAGCACCAUCAGCAUAUUUUGCUCAACGUGUCCUUCUCCAGCUCGUCGAGGACGAAGGGCAUGAGUUCCCAUUGGCAGUACAAGCUAUCACAGAAAGCACCUAUGUGGACGAUAUUGCGCAUGGUGUCUCUACAGUUGAGGAAGCGAAGUCGCUACAGUUACAACUCGCAAACCUACUCAAUCGUGGCGGUUUCCAGCUGAGAAAAUGGGUUAGUAAUGAUCCAAUUGCUCUAGAUCAUGUUCCAGGACAGCAUCGUGAAUCUCCGUUGAAUUUCUCAAGUGACGAUCCUUCUAUUAAGAUUCUUGGAUUACGGUGGGAUCCUCGGUCUGAUACUUUCACCUAUUAUGUACAAGAAUUUGAUUCUCAAGUUACCAAGCGCACUGUUCUUUCUUAUAUCGCUCGAAUCUUUGAUCCCAUGGGGUGGUUAUCUCAAAUUGUAUUUUGGGCUAAGCAUUUUCUGCAACAGAUAUGGAUCUCUAAAGUGGGCUAUGAUGAUAUCCUGCCGCCUUUCCUAUCGGAGGCUUGGGGAAGUUUGCCACGUUUGCUCUUGGUGGGAUUCUCGGACGCUUCCUCUAAAGGAUACUCCGCUUGCAUCUAUUUACAUGCGUAUGAUUCCAGUAGCACUUGUAGCAAUUAUCUUUUGAAGGCCAAGAACAAAGUGGCACCCCUCAAGACAUUGACUAUUCCUCGAUUGGUACUCUGUGGAGCGUUGUUAUUAUCUAGACUACUUCGUGAUGUGAUUAAAUCUCUUAAAGCCGUAAGAUUUGAAAAUGUUCAUCUCUAUACCGAUUCUCAGAUUGUCCUUGCAUGGCUCCACACCUCUCCUCAUCUUCUCAAAACCUACGUGGCCAAUCGUGUAGUUCGCAUAUUAGAGCUUACAUCUCUUCACCAAUGGGCACACACAGUGUCGAAUCAAAAUUCAGCCGACUUUGCGUCUCGAGGAUUAUUUCCCGAAGAGAUCAUGGAUUGUCAUUCCUGGUGGAAUGGACCAGAUUUUAUGCAGAAUCCGCCGUCCAAGUGGCCCGUAAGAGACGAUAAUUAUGUCGCACCCGAAGAGCUCCCUGAGCGUAAAAACGAUCCUAUAGUUUUGCGCAUCCAAGCCGACCCAGAAAAUCCUCUGUAUGAAGUUGUGUCACGAUUUUCUUCAUUUAGUAGACUACAACGCGCUUUCGCAUUUAUUCGCCGAUGGCUACUCCGAAUAAGAUGUCCCGAGAUGAAGGGACCACUCUCAAGCGAAGAGAUGCGAUACUCGACCUUAUCGCUUGUGCGUCUCACACAGCAAACCCAUUUUCCUCUGCUUAUAGAAGAGUUGCGUUCCAAAGGUCACACCACAACUCCAUUAAGGAAGCUGUUCCCAUUCUUGGAUGCAAUGGGUAUAGUUAGGGUGGGCGGACGGCUACGACACUCCGCCCUUCCCCUAGAUGCGAAACACCCUCUGCUUUUACCUCAGAAAGCUCAUCUCUCGGCGUUAAUUUGCGACUACUAUCAUCUGUACGCUUGCCACGCUGGACCUAGAAGCGUGCAGACGCUUAUACAGCAGAAGUUCUGGAUAAUAUCGAUUCGAUCCCUCCUACGGCAGCGCAUUUUUCGCUGCAUUCGCUGUUUUAAGUUUAAAUCGAAACCUGUAUUUCCCUUCAUGGCUGAUCUACCACCAGCUCGAGUUCAACCUAGCAAACCGUUUUCCUCUGUUGGCAUUGACUUUGCCGGACCCUUCACGGUCAGGGAAAGUCGUCGACGUAAGGCCCACACAUACAAAGGGUAUCUCUGUUUAUUCAUAUGUAUGUCUACGAAAGCGGUCCAUUUAGAAAUGGUCUCGGAACUCUCCACGAAAGCCUUCUUAGCCUCGUUCAACAGAUUCACCGCACGCCGUGGUCUACCCUCUGACAUAUACUCUGAUUGCGGACGUAACUUUCUCGGCGCCGCUCGCCACCUGAGGGAGGUGAGUCAGUUUCUACGUUCGCACUCCUCUGAGAUAACGAGUUCCUUAACUUCUUUGGAGAUAAAAUGGCAUUUUAACCCUCCAGCCGCCCCCAAUUUUGGCGGCCUAUGGGAGGCUGCGAUCAAAUCCGCAAAGAGUCUCUUGUAUCGAUCAAUCGGCACCUCUCUCUUAACUUUCGAAGAGUACAGCACGCUAUUUUCUAAGAUUGAGGCGGUAUUGAACAGCCGUCCCUUAUGUGCCGUCACCUCUAACCCAGAAGACGCUGUAGAUUACCUAAGCCCUGGACAUUUCUUAGUCGGCAGACCGUUAUUGCAACCUCCUGAAGCUCCCUUGGAGGACAACUUGAAUUGGACCUGUCGGUGGCAACUACUCUCCCAGCUGUAUCAGCGGUUCUGGAAGAGGUGGUCUACGGAGUAUCUCCAUACUCAACUCCAACGUCAGAAGUGGAAUAAGGAUCAACCAAACAUUCAACCUGGCGCCAUUGUCGCAUUGUAUGGCGCAGAAACUACCCCCCUUUCAUGGCCGUUAGGACGCGUACAAGAGGUACAUCCUGGAACCGAUGGAGUCGUCCGUGUGGCCACAGUGAAAACCUCGACCGGUUUAUAUACGCGUCCGGUAAACAAGCUCGUGAUUCUCCCAACCCAAUUCUCAAUGGAGAAUUGA